AUGCACAAACAUGCUUACUAUGCACAUAAUAAGUCCACGAUUAGUGCUAAGAUGAAAGAUAAAUAUCUGGCUCGGGUAGACAGGGACAACACAAAUCCCCACAAGACUUCAUCCAAUAUCAUGGACAAGACUUCAUCAGAUGCGCCGAAAUCACUCAGGAAAAAAUUGCAAGGUCCCUUGCGAAAAUAUCUCGGAGGCGAGCCUCAAGAGGUUAUCAACGAGCUCUUGCUCGAUUACCUGGCAACUGGUGUGUCCGACAGGAUUCGUUCGGCUAUUGGAGUUGUCCAAGACAUAUUCAGCGAGCUACAGGAUGCUGAAGAUGACUUAUCACAGCAGGGGAAGAGUGGUAUAGGGUACACUAGUGCUUGUCAAGCCACGAAGGAUGCUAAGGAUGUGCUGUUGGCAUUGGAAGAUGUCUUAUCCUUUAUUUUGGUGAAUGGCAUAAAAUUGGAGGAGUUGUACGUGCCUGAUGCCAACCGCCCCAAACUGUACUAUGCAGUACAGCCUAAACCGUCCAUGAAAAAGAAGGUGGUUCAAACCAUUGCUGGUUUCAUGGCGUAUUUGCCAAACAUUACCAUUCUUUCAACCGCCCCAAACUGUAAUAUAGUACAACCUAAACUGUCUACGAAAAAGAAGGUGGUUCAAGCCAUUGCUGGUUUCAUCAUGCUACCCAUACUGACAUUGUGUACGGCUUCUCGAAGUAUCUUGGCCCAUGCGUGGGAUAUUAUUAUAUAUGUACAGCCAUCUUCUCAUUAUACGUGUCAUAUCAUGGCCCCUCCCAAAUGGACGUCUGAUGAACAAGAGGAAUGGCUCAAACCAUACUAUGAAGCGUUCCUCGUGAAGCAAAGUGAAAAGUGUGACCUUUAUGAAAACUGGUUUGAGGCCUUUCCCGAGCCAAGGCCGACUGGGGUCACAGCAUUAGGGCCUAUGACGUUGGAGGAGCUUAAUGAAAUGAAAUUAGCGGAAGACGCCCGAAAAGUGAAAUUGCACAAUCGGUUCAAAAAUAACUUUGGGGCGACAAAGGCUGGCAGAAAGGCAAAAGCCCAUGCCACCAACAUUAUCAAUGCUGUGGUUCGGAAGAUUACUGAGUGUGAAAAACUAACUCGUAGGCUUCAGGAACAAGGGGCUUACUCUAAGCUCUACUACUGUGAUUGCAUCAAGCCUAUCGUACAAGAAAAGCUCGCAGCAGUCAAGGAGGAACGGAAAUUAACCAAUGGAGAAUGGGUCGCACUCGUCAAGAAGGAAACUGCUGCACUAUACGUCAACGAGACGCCCGAAGUCAAAGCGCGAGUGAAGGAAUACCUUGAGGAACAGAAGCAGCAAAAAGUGCAGGACAAAGAGGAAGGGCCGUGGAGUAAGUCGGAGGCUAAUCAAUCACAAAAUUUGGACAAACUGGCUGCUGUCACCAACAAGUUUUUAAAGGGUCUGGCAGAUGCGACCAGGAUGUCCUUCUCACUUCUCGCUGGCGGUCCAUCCCCCGAGGCACAAGGCCAGAUUGACGUUAUGGCAUAUCCGGGGUUUGAGCGUGGUGUCAUGGGGCCUUUCCGUGAUUUCUUGUGUCGCGUAUAUGACAAGGAUCCUGGCCUUUUAAUGUCUGCUCAGGAGUCGCAAGAUAUAUCGGACGGACCAGUAUCCAUUCGGGAUGUAUCGCCCAUCAUGGCUGCAUCACCAACAUCCAGCAAAAUAUAUCUGAUGACUGGACAGUCAUCCCCAUGGGAUGUAUCAGCAGGUGCUUCCUUACCAUUUGAACCUUCAUCAUCUCCGUCUAUGGAGACAAGUUUGGACUUCUACUCUAGUGGCUCCGCUACCUUUGGAGGUGAGACACCAUACUGGGCUACUCCAGAGUUUGAUUCUGUUCUUGGCGCAAUGCUGCAGACUCAGUCCAAGUCUCAUGGACAGCAGGAACCUUCUGUUAUGCUUCCCUUCGCCCCUUUUGACAGUUGGGACACCACUUCUUUUCCGUCGACACCUGGUAUGGCACCCGAUGACCUACUCGCUGACGCUUCUCCCCGCACAACCUCCACUACACUUCCCGAUGGGGUCCUGCCUCCAAUUUCGCCUGCUGCGCUUGUUACCCAAGCAGGACCCACUUCUCCCAUGUCCACUGCACCUGCCUUUGCACCUGUCCUGCUUCCCACUUCUCCAGCUGCGCUUGUUACCCAAGCGGGUUCUACUGUUCCCAUUUCAACAGCACCUGCUGUCGCACCUGUCCUGCCUCCCACAUCUCCUGUGGCACUUGUUACCCAAGCAGGAUCUACUUCUCCCAUUUCCACUGAACCUGCCAUCGCACCUGUCCUGCCUCCCACUUCUCCCACAGCGCUUGUUACGGGAUCUACUUCUGCCGCUCCUACUAUUCCUACUACACCUGCUGUUGUAUCUUCAGAGACGGCCCCAGACCCUACUAUACAACCAUCUGUCAUGCCUGCUGUCACAACUACAUUGGUCAAGGUUGAUUCUAACACUGCAGAAGAACAGAACCACGAGGAUGGGCGUCAUAGGACCAGUCGCAAGUCUAAACCGUCAACACGUAAUGACGUCGCCAACUCGAUUGGUCACCUAGGAAAGGAGAACGUGCCUCCUAAGCCAUCCGCGAAGUGUCGUAUGGCCGAGGAUGCAUCAAGCCACAGCGCAAAAUCCAAUGAGCAGGAAGGCGAAGGUGUGAUCUACUAUUCCCGAGUCUCUUCUUUGUUGCACGCUGUCACAUUUUACGAGACAUAUCUAAAAUGUUGGUGGCCCUAA